UUGAUAAUUUUCAAUUUUUUUUUGGAAAAAAAGCCUGCUCAUAUUCAUUUCCCAAAUAAAUAUACUGACAUCCUGAAUAAAAGUCUCUUAAAAGCACUUCCACUCACCAGCAGGUUGUAGGACUUCCACAGACACAGAUACAAAAAGAAGAACCGUUCUCUAGAUAUUAACAUAAUUCCAUUAGUAUUUAAGUUAGAAUGGAAGCUCCUCUGCCCAGUGACACCUUUGUGGUUUUACCACCCUUAACGGAUCAUGGGGUGGUUUUCGGUAGGAACUCUGGUGGGCCCCGGGGAGAGAUACAAGAAGUUAUUUAUGUUCCUUCUAAGGAACCAUCUGGACCCAUUCAGUGUACUUACAUGGAAGUAGACCCUGCAGGAAAAACAAAAGCAGUAAUCCUAAGUAAACCAAACUGGAUGUGGGGUGCUGAAAUGGGGGCGAAUGAAUGUGGGGUCACCAUAGGAAAUCAAGCGAUUCAAACUAAUGAUAAUGAUGGUGAUAGUGACCCUAAUGUAAAAAGGUUGUUAGGUACAGAUCUUGUAAGACUUGGUUUGGAAAGAAGUUCUAAUGCAGAUGAGGCAUUAAAUGUUAUAACAAAUCUGUUAGAGAAAUACGGGCAAGGAGGCCCAUGUUCUAAAUCUGAGGGAGGUUGUGCUUAUCAUAAUUCAUUUUUAAUUGCUGACUCGGAAUGUGCUUGGGUUUUGGAGACUUGUGGGAAACAUUGGGCAGCUGAAAAAAUAACUAGUGGUUUUCGGAACAUUUCCAAUCUUUUAACAAUUACAACGAAAAUUGACAAAAAGUCUCAGGGCUUAGAGGAAUAUGCUAAAAAUAAGGGCCUGUGGGAUGGGAAUGGAGAAUUUAACUUUUCUCAAGCCUUUUCCGCCGAGGGGAAAUCAGAAGUGAGAUACCUGGCAGGUCAGAAGUUGCUGGGAAAGUUCACUUCUUCAAACAGCUUUAGGGAGACUGACAUGUUUAAAAUCCUUAGGGAUAAAGAGUCUGGAAUUUGUAGGGAUUGUGAUGAUGGUUUUCCUACUACAGGAAGUCAGGUUUCAACUUUAACCUCUACAAGACCCAGCGUCCAUUGGUUUACCGCCACCCCAGAUCCCUCGAGAUCGGUGUUUAAACCAUUCAUUUUCACCAAAAACGUUGCCAUUUCAAAACAUACCAUUUGCCCCGAUAAAGAGAAUCCCCACACCCUUUACAUCCUCUAUAAAAAAUCGGAAUCCAACAAGGGAGUGCAAGAUUUACUACAUGAAAUGGAGUCGAACUGCGUCAAGGAGUUGGAUCAAGUUAUUUCCACCGUUGGAGAGGAUUUAUCGGAAUUCGAUGAACUCCUUAAGGAUUGCGUUGAAACUGAAGUCAAGUUUUACCGUUAGGAUGCUUUUUGACUUAAAAAUACACUUAACUAUUUAUUAGCUUAAUAAAUUUGGGUUUAAGUGUAGCUAGUUGCAUGCAUUUUGUACCAAUGGGCUUUAUGACAUAUAGGGCCUCGAUCCAUUAUUAUACAGUAUUAAUUAGGGCUCAAAUGGGUGUUAAUGUAGUCUUCAAUGUUCUUUAUUUAGGUUGUGAUAUUUUAUACGCUUUAUUUAUAUAUUAUUAUAGUGACUUUUUAUUUUAUUGUAUGAUUGAAAAAGUGUAAUCAAGUAUUCAAAACAGCAUUGUAAUGUUAUAUGCUAUAGGAUUAUUAUUAAUAUUUAAACUGCUGUAUUUAAGGAAAAAAAUAUUUAUAAUUUGCACAUUCCAAAUCUCAAUAUACAAUAUUCUUUUGCAAAGCCUAA